AUGGACGCAACCCAGACUUUGGAGUCAAGGGCAGCAUCGCAUGGAUCUGGAGAGGUACAGCCCAGUUCAACCAUUGCCCCUUUUUACACCGCGCUAAAUGGCGUCGACCAGCCUAUGAACCUAUUUUUUCGUGAUGUUCUCUGGUGGACAUUGGGCCUCGCCGGCCUUGCAGUGCUGGCCAUUCGCAUCAUGGAGAUUCUGUGGGCAAAGCUCCGACAAGUAUCAGCCAUGUCGACUCCGCGAGAGAAGCAAGGCUACUGGAAAACCUCGCAGUGGAGCUGGAUGCCUGGCCUCAAGAAGCACCUCACCUACGCGCCUCUGUGGAAUAAGCGACACAACCGCGAGUUCAAGCUCUCGUCCGCCGUCAACGUGGGCACCCUGCCGUCGCGCCUUCACAUGUUGGUCAUUUUGUGCUACCUCGGAAGCAAUGUUGCCUACAUGUUUGUGCUCAAAUGGUCAAUUGAGAACAAGUACUCCCUUUGUGCAGAGCUGCGAGGCCGCUCGGGCACCUUGGCUGUUGUCAACAUGGUGCCACUGAUUAUCUUCGCAGGUCGCAACAACCCCUUGAUACCGAUGCUCAAAAUCAGCUUUGACACAUACAACCUCUUGCACCGUUGGAUGGGCCGCAUUGUUGUUCUAGAGGCCGUCAUCCACACCAUCGCAUGGGCCAUUCCAGCAGUAGCCGAUAUAGGCUGGAAGGGCGUUUUCCAAGACGCGUUGGGCGCGCCGUUUAUAGCGUCUGGUUUCGUAGGUACGCUUGCCCUGGUUGUUUUGCUCAUCGCCUCCGUCUCGCCUCUUCGCCACGCCUUUUACGAAACGUUUCUCAACCUCCACAUCCUGCUCGCACUCGUCAUCUUCGCUUGUACCUGGAUUCACUGUGCAACCGCUUCUCUGCCCGGUGGCCUGCCGCAGCUGUCGUGGAUCAUGUGCAUCAUGGCCUUGUGGUUUGCGGAUCGGUUUGCUCGAUUUUUUCGACUUGUGUACGACAAUUGGUCAAACAAGGGCUUCACCGAUGCCUUUUGUGAAGCCAUGCCCGGUGAGGUGACCCGUGUCACGCUACAUCUUCCACGAUACAAGAACAUCGAGCCCGGCACCCACGCCUACCUGCGCUUUUCAGGCAUCAGAUGCUGGGAGAGCCAUCCGUUUUCUGUCGCCUGGGUCGACCAUUCCGCCGCGUACUCGCUGCCUAUUUCCGAAAAGGAGGAGCCUCUUUACGGGGGCAUGGACAAGAAACGCGCCACGACCUCUGUGUCAUUUGUCAUUGGAGCACAGACUGGGCUCACGCGACAGCUCUUCAACAAGGCCCAAAGGUCACCUGGGGGUAUCACAAUCAGAGCGGCCAUGGAAGGGCCCUAUGCCGGACAUCACAACCUCGACUCGUACGGACAUCUCUUGCUCUUUGCCGGCUCCACCGGCAUCACGCAUCAAAUGUCCUACCUCAGGCACCACCUAGAGGGCUACAACGCAGCAACGGUAGCUACCCGACGAGUGACCCUGGUGUGGAUCAUCCGAGAGUACGAAUCUCUGGAAUGGGUGCGUCCAUUCAUGGACCGUGUCCUGCGGAUACCGAACCGCAAGGAUAUCCUUCGCAUCCAGGUGUUUGUGACUCGUCCGCAGAACGCCCGCGACGUCAUGACCAGCAGCUCCACCGUCAAGAUGUUUCCCGGCCGACCAAACAUCCCGCUGCUGCUCUCAAAAGAGGUCCAAGAGCAAGUCGGAGCCAUGGCGGUGACGGUCUGCGGACCCGGCGCUCUCGCAGACGACGUGCGAGGUGCUGUGCGGGCGGUCCAGGGCGAGACCGUGGUCGACUUUAUCGAGGAAAGCUUUACAUGGUGA